AAAUAAAAAUUCAUAGCUUUGGUUCUCUCCCAGGCACAUCUCUCGAGAACUUUCUUUAGCCAAUGACUUCCGACGCCGGUGGAGGAGUCUCUCGCCGGCGUCGGGAUUUUGAUCUCCUUUUAUCCUUUCUCGGCCUCCUUUGGUUACUCUCGAUGCUUCUCUUUAUGUUUCAAUUUUUAGAACCCUCACGAAACUUUACUCCCUCAACGGUUUUAGAAGGCAAAUCAAAUUCUUGGAGCAGAGAAAGAUGGUGGUGUCUGGUGACUACUCCCCCGUUUUGCCAUCUGCUUGUACUAUCUCCGCCGAAACCGUCUCCUUGCUGCGAUGCACUUAUAAAAGCCGACUCUUUCUCCAUCGCUCAGCUUCCCUUUCACAGAUCUAGAUAUGCUCAAGCUCCUCCAGAAGCUUCCUCACACUGGGUUUCGUUGAUGGCAAGAGACUCUUCUCUUGGACCAUCAGAUGCGCCAUGCCUAGUGGAGUCGUCGACGGCGCACGGCGAAGUUUUCUUCUGGAUGGUGUUUCCUUGGCUCUCCGAUAAGUUUUCAACGACAAAGUUGGUGAUUUCUAUCGCUCGCAAUUUCGGAAGUUCCAGAUCUGCUCCCAAGUCUGUUCAACGUUUAGCCCCGGACUACCGGACUCCGGCGAUGGCAAACAUCACCGACAUGGCGGUGUUAAGUCGGAUCUCCUUUUCUGGGCAGCCGCUUGCUUCGACGGAGGGGAGAACAACAAAUGACAAAACCCUAAUUACCCAGAUGGGCCUCACAAAUCCAAGCCCACUAAGAUUUCUAUCUCGGCCCAUGUAUGACUUAAUUGGUCUAGCCCAAUUAGCUCCCUGGCCCAGGUCUGUUUCUUCUAAUUCUUUGGCAAUCCCUAAUCUUUUGACGUCUUCUGCUUUUGAUGAGAUUGGUCAAGGACUCCAAUCUCACUUUGUGGUGACAUUGAUAGUUAGAAAUCUAUGAUAAAAUCAUCCUCUUUAAUAGAGAGAACCUUGUUUU